AUGACCAUGAUAGAGGCUUCGAUCCGAGUCCGAGUCCUGGCCUUGCUCGUCUGGCUUAUACCGGCCGUUGUUACCGUCGCCGCUUAUGAGAACUUUCAGGCCGUGGAAACAGGCGUUCUGAUGUCUCCACGAUACUUCCAAGAAUACGCCGCCUCAAAUGCGAGCCCGCUUGAGAAGCGGCAAGGCCAGUUUCAAUGCCCCAAUAACCAGCACUCGUGUCAAGAGAUUGGGAAUGGUGGUGCCGGUUUCUGCUGUGGGAACGAUCAGUUUUGUCAGGCAAACUCUACUGCUUUGGACAAGGCAGCGUGUUGCGCGAUCGGUUCCAACUGCGGUUCUCCCUGCCCGUCAGACAUGACCUUAUGCGCUUCCACAACAACCAUAACGACAAGUGGCACAUCCACCGUAAGCCUUUCAUCAGCUUGUUGCGCGCGCCAAUGCACCAGAACCUCCUUCUACCGCUGCCCGGAAUCCCUAGGUCAUGGCUGCUGUCCCUACGGCCAGGCUUGUGGCGAAGGUGGCCGGUGCAUUGCCACCGUCACGUCCUCGUCCUCACUCAGCACAGUGGUCCCGCUGGUCCCUCCAGGUUGUACGACUAGCCAAACCUCCUGUGAUGCCAGCAUAGGCGGCGGAUGCUGUGAUCUCACUCAGAGUUGCACUCAGAUCACGGGCAGAGCCUUUUGCGCCGAACGCGCUGCGAGUCCAACCAUCAGCGGCAUUGCCGAGUUCCACCCCGAUCCCGGCCUGAGCGCCGGCGCAAAAGCUGGUAUUGCCGUUGGCGUGGUAGUCGGCUUUGGCCUGGUCACCGGCGUCUUGACCUGGUGGUGUCUGCGAUCGCGUAGGCGCAGAAGGGCAAGGGAAGCGGACGGCGCAACAGCUAGCACCUCACGUCGCUCAGGGCCAGGUAGAAUUAUCGGCGCCAUCGUUGGUGGAGGGCCGAGAGGACAGCAGCCUAUGUCCGAAAUCACGUCUGAUGUACAGUCUCGACCUGGAGGGACUCAAGAUUACUUCGGCCCCGAGGCCGUGGUUGGGCCUUACUCUGAGUCUAGGUUGCCAUCGGCGGGCACGACUCCCGGUGUAGAUAGGGACAGAGGAGUCCCGCUCCAGCCGCAUGGUCCUGGUGAUAUAGCGGUACCGGUCGAGAUUGACUCCAGGAUGAUGACGGAGCAGGAUCAUCAAGGGGUCGAGGCCACAGCGACACCGACGUCGCAUUAUGCUGCGGCGACUGGACAACCCGCAGGUGGUCAAGAAGAGGUUGGAGAGCGGUAUGAGCUGUAUGGAUCUGGGCCUUUGGAUAUGGAAGGAGGACCGGUAUCACCGCUGUAUACGGAAACCCUAAGGACGCCAUCUCAGGAGGCGCCGAAGCCGGUAGAGAAGUUUUGA